AUGGCGCCCCCCUUCCUCAAGAAGCGCACGACGAAGGAGGCGAGUUCGCGCAAGCUCUCGGUCCGCAUCCGGAGCGACCAGAAGGAGACCAAACAACAGAGAGAACGCCGGCGCGCGGCCAUCUCGACCGGGUCCGCGAACAUCCGCGAUGAGGACAUGUUAGCCCAUGGCGUAAGUGAGGACAUCGUGGCCUCCUUCGCGGUCAAAGAGAAGAAGGCCGAUGUACCACAAUGGAUGCUCGACCUAAAAACGCCGGUCAAACGGCCGAAAUUACCUUUACCAGGAUUCUAUCACUCGCCCGACGAACUGAAGCCCCAGGCCUGCAUCGACGAGUGGGCGCGCGUGUCGCACGCGUCCAUGGGCUCGACGGGCGUGUUAACAGAUGUACUUAGUCCAUUGGACUUCGACGCUGCUACGGAUCAGUCCCGCAGCUUCUUCCGAGAGGAGGCCUCGCGCGCCAUCAUUCAACGAAAAAAAGAGUUGGUCGUCGAUACGUUCAUUCCCAAGGGCUCCAUCCUCUACGACGACUGGGAGGGCGGCGUGUCGCGGCGGAAGAACAAGGCCCCCAACAAGACGUUUAAGCGACGGGCGUAUUACUUCUCUCUUUUACAAAAACGGAGAUUGGACUCCCUACACGGCGCGGGUUCCGGCGAGUACGCGCGUUUACUCUUAGAACUCACGGGCAACGCCGACGCCGCGCUACGUUCCGAAUUGGAGCGCGAGCGCGAGCGGCGCCUGCAGGCCUUGAUCGUACGCGUGAAGCUGAGGAUGCUCACGGAGCACUUCGAGGCGUUUGUGGAGUACAUGCGGCGGUGCUUCUACGUCAAAGAAAAGUUCGCGAAGAUGCUAGCUGCUGUGUGGAAAUCAAACAGUGAUUCGGGUGCAUCGGCGAUGGCGCGGCCGUCCUGGCUCGGUCGAGCGGUGAGGGACGAGCACCACCACGCUAUCGAGCAGGCGUCGCGUUGAUGGCGUGGAGGUCGACGCGACGAUUCAGCACGAACGUGCCGUAAAAUUUUGAUGUCCACACAGGUUAGCCGGCCUCAAGCGCCUGACCUUCCUGGGCUGGAAGAAGUACGCCUACACGGAGAAGCGCGUGCGCAAACUGAGGAUCAAGGUCUUCAUGCACCUGCAGCUGCACGUGGUCGAGACGUGGCGGGCCGUCACAGAUUUAAAUAUGGAGCGUAGAAGGUGGUUCCACGACUGGAAGGAGAACGCCGACAAGCAGAUGAAGCAGAGAAAUAAGAUCGGCGACUUCCUCAUGUGUAAUCAUUUGCAGAAAAGGUUUAGCGCGUGGGCGGUCUGGACGAAGCGCAUCAAAGCAGCGAAGCGACUCGCGUAUCGAGUCUUCGGCGGUUCGAAACGCAUCCACUAUUAUGCGUGGAGAGAUUACACGAAACGAGCGAAGCGCAUUAGGCACUUCAUGAAGCUGUUUUGCGGGAACCAUCUGAGGGAUCAUUAUGAGGCGUGGCGCGACUUCACGGUCAUGAGCGUCAAGGGCCGGCGGUUGUGCGGCUACCUCUUCGCCAAGGGCCAGAAGCGCAUCUUCAUUGCUUGGAGAAGACAGUGCCAGCAGGAUCGCGCGGAGCGGUUGCGGGCGGAGGCAGAACGCGCUGGGGAUGAUUUAGUGGCGCGCUUCUACGCCAAGGAACAGCAUGCCGCUCUACACAGGAAGCCUCUUGAGAGAUCACCGGUGAAUCGCGUGCGCCAUACCUCGUCCCGACGGCUGGCGAGGGCGCCGCCCGGGUGGGACGCCUCGGCCGAGUUCACGUAUAUUGGUUCUGUGCUGCCGCGGCCGCCCCCCAAGAUGCCGCGGGGCGGGCUCACGCCCCAGGCGACGCCCCGGGCCGCGGCGCCGGCGCCCGCCGCGGCGCCGGCGCCCGCCGCGGCGACCCCCUCCUUGCGCGCCUUGGCUUCGGCGACCUCCGCGCUGGGCGUCGGCGCGGCGUCGUCGAGGGCGCCCGCGCCGGCGCCCGCGGGAGAUGUCAUAGACGCGCCGGCGCCGCGCUUCUCGAUUUUACGAGGCUGGUCGCAGCCGACGACGGGCAUUGAAUCAAAGUACGCGGUCGUGGCAGCUAGGCGGCCUAGCUCUAGCAAAGCAAAAUCUAGUAUGUCUCUCUCCAUGAUCAGCGCCCUGCGGAACAGCGCCGCCAAGCGCCGCAGUGUGCUCCUGCAUCGCAAGCGUUGGAAAGAAGUGCGUGGGCAGCCUGACGAGACGUCACGGGCAGCCCCGAGACGUCACUCGCAGCCGUAACACACGCGAGCACGCAAGUGGACACACUGCCUCACCCGGCGCAAUUCCGGCUGCAAGACUCCCGGGGCUGCUUCGGUCUUAAGGAACGAGGAGCAAAAAUGCCACGGCUCGACCUUGAUACCAUCGAGAGCCCCGUGCCUGCUUAUGCCACACCGCGCCGCGCCGAGACGAAGGACGCGUCACCACGCUCGUCAUCGCGCAGACGACGGCAUGGCCUGCGCUCGCGCAGCGCCUCGCCGCCGCGACGGCGCAACGAGUCGCCGCGCCGGCGCGACAACGCCCUCGUCCAGAGCGCGCUCGCGUACUGGGGCAACCUGUGGGCCAAUUUUCAAGAUGCCAACCUCGACGAGCUCUUCGAAUUUGAGGCGCGGCACUUCGAGAGGUUUGAGCCCGACGUCGACGAGCACAGCCACGAGCACCACGCCUUGCAUCGGCGCUACCGCGACUUGUACGAACGGGCCCUCGAGAGGCACCUGAAGACGACGCUCGGCGCGACGCCGCAGAAGUUUUAUGCUGCCUUAGAGAGAGAUGCCGCGGACGGCGAUGCCGCGCGGCGGAGCACUGCGCUGGCCUUCCUCGCCGUCGUGAGAAAGGCCGACGACUACGCUCUCUUCGCGGCGUCCAUGCGCGAGGCGGCGAAACACGCGCGAUGGCUCGAAGAGCCCGACUAAGUUAUCGUUUUACGAAGCGCACGGGCGCCGCGCCCAGGCCCGCGACGGGCGGCGCGCGGUCGGCGGCGAAGGUUCGCUUCUGGCUGCUCCCUGGCCGCCGCCGCUGCGGUUGUGAGGCGCGCGGCGGCGUCGCGCGCCGCGUCUGCGGCAGGACUAAAAUCGGAUC